CUUCACUUCGUCGUAUACUAUUUUACUCUCGAAAAGAGGGAGAGAGAAGAGAUCGAAAGCGUUUAAGAUCAUCUGGUUCUUCUUCUACUUCUGAAAGAGAGAAAUUGCUGUUUUCUGGUCUAAUCGAUCUUUUAAGGGUUUUGGAGAUAUAAGGAAAGGUUGUGGGUGCUGCUAUGUCUUCUUUAAGUAGAGAGCUUGUUUUCCUCAUCUUACAGUUUCUAGAUGAGGAGAAGUUCAAAGAGACUGUACACAAGCUUGAACAGGAGUCAGGGUUUUUCUUUAAUAUCAAGUACUUUGAAGACGAAGUUCAUAAUGGAAACUGGGAUGAGGUUGAAAGAUACCUUUCUGGAUUCACUAAAGUCGAUGAUAAUCGAUAUUCCAUGAAGAUAUUCUUUGAGAUUAGGAAACAGAAAUAUCUAGAAGCACUUGAUAAGCAUGAUCGUGCAAAGGCGGUAGAGAUUCUUGUUAAGGAUUUGAAAGUUUUUGCAUCAUUUAAUGAAGAGUUGUUCAAGGAGAUAACACAACUGCUCACUCUAGAGAAUUUCAGGGAAAAUGAACAACUUUCUAAGUAUGGGGAUACAAAAUCUGCUAGAACUAUUAUGCUGGUUGAGCUCAAGAAACUGAUUGAAGCGAACCCUCUUUUUCGGGACAAGCUGCAGUUUCCCAAUCUCAAGAAUUCUAGAUUAAGGACUCUCAUUAACCAAAGCUUGAAUUGGCAGCAUCAGCUUUGUAAAACCCCAAGACCUAAUCCAGAUAUAAAGACUCUUUUUGUUGAUCACACUUGUGGACAGCCGAAUGGUGGUCUUGCCCCUUCACCAGCAAACAACCCUCUGCUUGGAUCCAUACCCAAAGCCGGGGGUUUCCCUCCUCUGGGUGCACAUGGGCCUUUUCAGCCUACAUCGGCACCAAUUCCCACUCCUCUUGCUGGUUGGAUGUCCAAUCCAUCUACUGUUGCUCAUGCAGUAGCUUCUGAUGGAUCUAUUGGACUUGGCGGUCCAACAAACGCUGCUGCAAUGUUGAAGCACCCUAGGACUCCACCAACUAAUAACCAUUCUAUAGAUUACCCGUCAGGUGAUUCUGAUCAUGUGUCAAAACGAACCAGGCCCCUGGUGAUUUCUGAUGAGGGUAACUUGCCUGUCAAUAUAUUACCAGUAACUUAUCCGAGCCAAAGUCACACACAAGCUUUCAGCACACAGGAUGAUUUGCCCAAGACCGUUACGAGGACAUUUAUUCAGGGCUCAUCUCCCACAAGCAUGGAUUUUCAUCCCAUUCAACAAACUCUACUUUUGGUUGGUACCAGUGUUGGAGACAUUGCAUUGUGGGAAGCUGGUUCACGUGAGAGGUUGUUUCUGAAGAACUUUAAGGUUUGGGAUCUCGGAGCUUGUUCGAUGCCACUACAGGCAGCUCUAGCAAAGGAUUCUGGUGUUGGGGUGAAGCGUAUAAUUUGGAGCCCUGAUGGUUCUUUAUUUGGAGUUGCAUAUUCAAGACACAUUUUGCAAAUUUAUUCUUAUCACGGUGCUGAUGAUGUGCGACAGCACUUGGAGAUUGAUGCUCAUGUAGGAGGUGUGAAUGAUCUUGCGUUUUCUCACCCCAACAAGCAACUUUGUGUUGUAACCUGCGGUGAUGAUAAGACCAUUAAGGUGUGGGAUGCUGCCACUGGCACCAAACAAUAUACCUUUGAAGGUCAUGAUGCUCCUGUUUAUUCUGUCUGCCCUCAUUACAAGGAGAACAUUCAGUUCAUCUUCUCAACAGCAGUGGAUGGGAAGAUAAAAGCAUGGCUUUACGAUAAUUUGGGAUCUAGAGUGGAUUAUGAUGCCCCCGGUCUCUGCUGCACAACAAUGGCAUAUAGUGCUGAUGGUUCAAGGCUGUUUUCGUGCGGGACCAGUAAAGAUGGAGAUUCUCACGUGGUUGAAUGGAAUGAGAGUGAAGGCGCAGUGAAGAGGACUUACCAAGGAUUCCGGAAACGUUCAUCAGGUGCUGUGCAGUUCGAUACCACUAAGAACCGAUAUUUGGCUGUCGGCGAUGAAUUUUUGAUCAAGAUUUGGGAUAUGGAUAACACUAACCUGUUAACAACUAUUGAUGCUGAUGGAGGCCUACCAGCAAGCCCACGGAUCCGCUUCAAUAAAGAGGGAACCUUAUUAGCUGUAUCUGCAAAUGAUAAUACAAUUAAACUAUUGGCGACUCAUGAUGGACUUCGUUUACUGCGAACAUUUGAAAAUCGUUCUUUUGAUGCGUCACGAGUUGCAUCUGAGACGUUAACUAAGCCUGCAAUAAAUCCAAUUUCAGCUGUUGUAUCUGCAACACUAACAGAUAGAGCUGCUCCAGCGGUGUCUGUCACUGGAAUGAAUGGGGAAUCUAGAAACAUGGUGGACGUAAAGCCUAGAGUGACAGAAGAAAACAAUGAUAAAUCAAAGAUUUGGAAGCUUGCAGAGAUUAGUGAAGCGAUACAAUGCCGAUCACUGCGUCUCGCGGAUAAUGUGAGAGCCAAUAAGAUAUCACGGUUGAUCUAUACCAAUUCAGGUAAUGCAGUUUUGGCAUUAGCAUCAAAUGCAACCCAUCAUCUAUGGAAAUGGCAGCGAAAUGAUCGAAAUUCUAGUGGCAAGGCAACUGCAAGCGUUCCCCCUCAAUUAUGGCAACCAACAAGCGGCAUAGUGAUGACGAAUGACACAGCUGAUACUAACCCAGAAGAAUCUGUCCCAUGCUUUGCUUUGUCCAAGAAUGAUUCUUAUGUAAUGUCAGCAUCUGGAGGAAAAAUAUCUCUGUUCAACAUGAUGACAUUUAAGACAAUGACGACAUUCAUGCCUCCACCGCCUGCAGCAACAUUCCUUGCUUUUCAUCCUCAAGAUAACAACAUAAUUGCUAUCGGCAUGGAUGACUCCACAAUUCAGAUUUAUAAUGUCCGUGUGGAUGAGGUUAAAAGCAAACUUAAAGGCCACUCCAAACGAGUUACUGGACUUGCCUUCUCGCAUGCACUGAAUGUUCUAGUUUCAUCUGGAGCAGAUGCUCAGCUUUGUAUGUGGAGCUCAGAUGGAUGGGAAAAGCAGAAAAGCAGAUUCUUGCAGAUUCCAUCAGGGAGGACAGCAACAGCCAUGUCUGAUACACGUGUACAGUUUCAUCAGGAUCAGAUACAUUUCCUGGCUGUACAUGAAACUCAACUUGCCAUUUAUGAAACAACUAAACUUGAAUGUGUAAAACAGUGGGUUCCUCGGGAUUCUUCUGCUCCAAUCUCCCAUGCGACGUUUUCAUGUGACAGCCAGCUAGUGUAUGCCUGCUUCGUGGAUGCAACAGUAUGCAUAUAUAGUGCCGCCAACCUUCGGCUACGAUGUCGAAUUAAUCCUGCCGCAUAUCUUCCAGCCAAUGUCAGCAGCUCUACUGUGUAUCCACUUGUGGUUGCGGCACAUCCCUUAGAACCAAAUCAAUUUGCAUUAGGACUGACAGAUGGCGGGGUCCAUGUUUUUGAGCCCCUUGAAGCUGAAGGUAAAUGGGGUGUGCCACCUCCAGUGGAGAAUGGUUCUGGUAGUGGCAUGUCUCCAGCUUCAACAAUCGGAGGAGCUUCAGUCUCAGAUCAACCUCAGAGGUGAUCACAUAGACGAUUUCAUUAAGAUGACUUGGUGCAGUACAUACAUAGUGUUAGAAGGAGCUGUCUUGGUUGAUUCAUCUCUCGUUGGCCUUAACUGCUUCUGGCUUGGGAAUUUAAUUUCCUCCUCUCAUGUCUGUUCGCUUUGCAGCUUAGAGAGCUUGGAAAAAUAUAUGUAAUUUUAUGCAAAAUGAGACGUAGAUAGAGAGAGAAAUAGAAAAUGAGAGCUGGAAACUCUCAUCUAGGGUUAGGAUUUCUGGUAAGGGUUGCAAGUGUGGUAACUAGAAUCUAAACUUUAGUUCUCUCUUUAUUUUUAACAUCACUGAAUAUUAAUAUUCCUUACAAUUAGAAUAGCUUCAUUUUCGAAGUUGAUAUUAGUUGUUGAUGAAUUGCACAAUGUUUUUAAGGUCUGUCUCAAUGAUAAUGGGCGAAAUCUGCAACUCCCAGCACCA